UCAUACAGGAAACAAGUCGUCAUCGAUGGAGAAACCUGUCUCUUGGAUAUUCUGGACACCGCUGGUCAAGAGGAGUACAGCGCGAUGCGGGACCAGUACAUGAGGACGGGAGAGGGCUUUUUAUGUGUAUUUGCUAUAAAUAACACGAAAUCUUUUGAAGACAUUCACCAUUAUAGAGAACAAAUAAAAAGAGUGAAAGACUCCGAAGACGUCCCCAUGGUGCUAGUAGGAAACAAAUGCGACUUGCCUUCCAGGACGGUCGACACAAAACAAGCUCAGGACUUAGCGAGAAGUUACGGAAUCCCUUUCAUCGAAACGUCAGCAAAAACGAGACAGAGAGUGGAGGAUGCUUUUUAUACACUGGUGCGAGAGAUCCGUCAGUACAGACUGAGAAAAAUCAGCAAAGAAGAAAAGACCCCCGGGUGCGUGACAAUUAAAAAAUGCCUUUUAAUGUGACAGGGGUGUUGACGAUGCCUUCUACACGUUAGUUCGGGAAAUCCGAAAGCACAAAGAAAAGAUGAGCAAAGACGGGAAA